GUACGCCGACGUUACAUGUUCUAGAUGUACGCCAAGCGGUGGCCUGACGAAGCUCUGCUGAUGGUCUGACGCUCCACCAAUACUUGCGCUUAAAUGAUGUGACAUGGUUCACGGCGACUUCGCGCAUGCACUCCAACGUUGUGUAUCGCUCAAUCUCUCCUCCUUCGGCAAGCUGAUAUGGGCGGCAUUCUAGGUGGCAUGGUUGGGCCUAUCGGUCUACUACUGCCACCACUGACCUUGGUGACAGCGGUUCUCACCCUACCAUUCACCUUACUGGCUUUGCCACUGUCUGAUGCGUCCGCCUUGUUCUCAUGGCCAAAGCUCAGACAUCGCUGGUUCCUGCACUUCUGGUGGUGGUUCGGUCCGGCCACCAAACCCUUCUUCGCGCCGAGCGUAGUCCCUCUGCUCGAGCAAGCGCAUGGCAAGGUCCUCGAUAUUGGCCCAGCAAGCGGCAUUUGGAUGAGCGACCUUGGUAAAGCGGCGGCCGCGACUGGCAAGAUCGAGAAGAUCUACGGUGUCGAGCCGAAUGUGUUGUUUCACAAGCAACUGAAGGCCGGCGCGAAGAAAGCGGGUCUGGAGGACAGGUACGAGCCUAUUGCCGCAUAUGCCCAGGACCUGGAGAGUAGAGGUAUUAAGAAGGGCAGCAUUGACACCAUCAUCACUGUUCACGUUCUCUGCAGCGUUGGCUCGCAUGCACCUGGAAUUGUCAAGGAGCUGUACGAGUACCUCAAGCCCGGAGGCCUCUGGCUUGUCUAUGAGCACGUUGCAGCGCGCAAUGUCCCAGUGAAGUCGUGGCAGUACCUCCACAACCUCGUCUGGCCAUAUGUAUUGGACGGCUGCAGUAUUACUGAGGAUACUGGUGCGUUGCUCGCGCGUGCCGGCGCGUGGGAAAGUGUUGAGAUCGGUCCGGAUCCGCGUGAAGGUCCUCUCGACAGUCUACCUCACGUGAUGGGUACAAUGGUCAAAAAGCGAGCGUAAUCGGUUCACAUUACGCAUUAAAUGCCAUCCGCCGCACUGCUCUCUUACGUGACCGCGUUGUUAAGCAGUACAUGUUACAUGUCUGGACGCUACCGAAGGUGUUCGCGGCGAAGUAGGCCUAGGCAUAGUAGUUCUGCGCGGUAUUUGCUGAUAUGUAUGUACUUACAUUUCAGAUCCGAAGCUUCUGCAGAGACGCGGACUUUGUGGCACCUGCUUUGACAGUAGAACGGCCAGCAUACUGAAAAUCUCUGCUGCGGGCUUCUGCCCACCACAGUAGCAUACCUAGAAUAGCACCGGAUCAGCAACAGCAGACUGGGGCUGGACAUUGACUGAUCGCUCAUGAAUCUUGCGCCGUUCGACCGCUAAUGCAGGCCCAGUGAACGAGAGAUAUUUCUUAACCGCCGGAGACGCUGCACCCCUCUUGCUUCGAUGGGUGGGCAUGUUUCCCCAAUUCACCAUGGUAUCCG